GGAUAACGAAGAAAAAGGUGGAAAUCUAUUGGAUCAAUAAGAACUCACCAGAAGUCCUUCUGCAUGCCUAACAUUUUAUUGAUAAUACUCUCUCUAAUAUAGAUUUUGUUUUCUUCUGCAUAUGCGUCAAAACCACGAAAGGUGUAUAGAUGCAAUUGAAUUAACUUCAAGGGUUAUAUGAAUAAUCAGUGAUACAUGUCAAGUCAAAAGACUAAUCAUUUUGUAUAUAUAUAAAAAAUCAGUUAACAUUUUUGUUACAGGGGAAUUUUUGUUUUAAAUGGAAGAGAGAUCAAAAUGUUUGCAAAUAGAAGUAGAAGGGGAGCUCCCAGCUAUACUGACAGAAGCUACAACAGAAGUGGUUAACUUUGACAAUCACAAAGAGAAUAGUCUUCCUCGUCCUCCUCGCUUCAUCAGUCGUUUUCAUCCUUCUCAUGCCUCUACCUCUGAUUUGGUAAAUUAUAUUAUUUGAUGUAUUGCCUUCCACACUCGCAAACUUUAGGUUAAAAAUUAUUAUAUAACUAAGUCCGACCAGAUCAUGUUACAUAUAAAUGGAUAGAAUGGUCUAGAAGUAUCAAGUUUAUCAGCGAGCAAAACAAUGGAAGCUCACAAUGAGGAUCUCAAAGAGACAAAACCCGGGAUGACGAUCAAUCAUCAAAGGAAGACAUCACUUCCAAUGCCAACUUCACCAAUUGAUCAUAUGAUCGCUGAUCCUACAUCUUCAUCAUCCGACAACAACAAAAACGGUGGGUCAACUGGAAAAUCCGUUAAGUUUCUCUCUCAGCCGGUGACCAAAGUCCCAUCCCUCUACAUUGAAACCUGCAAAGAUAAUGAUAAUGAUAGUCUUCGCCCUGAUAAUCAUCAACAUCAACAUCAUCAUCAGCAACAUCACCAGAGCGGUCAACUUCAAAAUCAAAAGCCUGCAUCGCAUAAGCUUAAGGAUCACAGGUACAACUCAUUCAAGACUUGGUCAGGGAGACUUGAGAGACAAUUCACAAGAAAACCAGCUUCUAUACCGGAGACACCAAACCGGGCUAAGGAGCAUUUAAAUACUAAUCAUGAAGCCAUGCCUGUGGAUCGAUACUUCGCUGCCUUAGAAGGUCCUGAAUUGGAGACUCUCCGGUCUCAAGAAGAGAUCGUUCUACCAAGUGAACAAACAUGGCCAUUCCUUCUCCGCUUCCCGAUAUCCACCUUCGGUGUGUGCCUUGGAGUGGGCAGCCAAGCCAUAAUGUGGAAAACCCUAGCCACUGCGAAGCCAACAAAGUUCCUACACGUAUCCCUCUGGAUACACCGGAGUCUCUGGUUCAUCUCGGUCGCAUUAGUUCUCAUCAUUGCCACUAUUUACCUCCUCAAAAUCAUCCUCUACUUCGAAGCCGUACGCCGCGAAUACUACCAUCCCAUCAGAAUCAACUUCUUCUUCGCGCCUUUCAUUUCAUUACUCUUCUUAGCCUUAGCGGUCCCACCUUUUAUAGUUACAGACUUGCCACAGUUCCUUUGGUACGUCCUCAUGUUUCCUUUCAUCUGUCUCGAGCUCAAGAUUUACGGACAGUGGAUGUCGGGUGGUCAACGCAGGCUCUCCCGAGUCGCCAACCCGACCAACCAUCUCGCAAUCGUUGGGAACUUUGUAGGGGCGUUGCUUGGUGCAAGAAUGGGCCUUAGGGAAGGACCAAUAUUUUUCUUUACCGUUGGGAUGGCUCAUUACUUGGUUCUGUUUGUGACAUUGUACCAAAGACUACCGACCAAUGAGACUUUGCCUAAAGAUCUUCACCCUGUGUUCUUCCUUUUUGUUGCCGCUCCAAGUGUUGCUUCCAUGGCUUGGGCUACGAUCACUGGCUCCUUCAACUAUGGCUCCAAAGUCUGUUACUUCAUCGCCAUGUUCCUCUAUUUCUCCUUGGCGGUUCGGAUUAAUUUCUUUCGUGGAAUCAAGUUUUCGUUGUCUUGGUGGGCGUAUACAUUUCCAAUGACUGGGGCUGCAAUUGCAACCAUCAGCUACGCAGCAGUAGUGAGGAACACUAUGACUAAAGUACUGUGUGUGAUCCUCUGUGCCAUUGCGACACUAGUUGUUUUCGCACUCCUCGUGACCACGAUCAUCCAUGUCUUUGUCCUCGGAAAUCUUUUCCCCAAUGACAACGCUAUAGCCAUCAGCAACCGCCCAAGAUCCAAACAGACUAACCACCACCGUUGGCUCGAACAGUUUAGAAACGUAAGCUCAGAGACCAUCGAAAAUUACUUGAAAUUCGCAGACUCCGACAGUAAUGAUCUAGAAGCUGCCAUUGACAAAAUUCAAGAGAAUAAUUCGACACAAUAAAAAAAUCAUAUCAUGUGUAUAGUCAGAGUCGUAGUAUACGAUUUUUGGUUUUGACUUGGUGUCACUGUGGCUGACACAAGUGAGGAACCUAGUAACGUAAACUGUUGGUUGCUAUGGUUCUAAUGAGCAUGUGUAAACUUGUAGUAACAAAAAGUAGGGAUGUCUACAAGGGUGAACUGAUCUAAAUCAGAACCAAUUUAUCCUAAGCUGGAUUUGUUAGCGGUUAACCCAAUACAGUAUGUAAAAACUUGUUUAGUUCAAAUAAAUAAAAAAGUUUUUGACUUUCGAGAGGCUAUAAUCAUUUGAUCGGCAAAUCUACAAAUGCUAUGGAGACCAACCAAAGCCAUUGAUGUCGUUCAACAAAAAGGAUCUGGAUCCGUGACAACUUACAAAUCAACAGAAUCAUCAUUUAAAAUGUAAUUCUGCAAGAAAAGUUAUUCUCUGUCAACACGAAGCUACUGCUUCUUGCAUCAAAAGCUAACACGGGAGGCUCAAACCACUCCUUGUGCCGUCUCUUAUUAGUUUUUUUUUCUUCAUUUUAUUCAUAAAUCAAGUUUUCUCAUACGAUACAGUACACACGUUUCAGUUGUUUUUAUGCAUUUAUUUCAUACACAACAAUAACAUUCCAUUGUUUUGUCAAAAAAAAGAAAAACAAUAACAUUCCAUUGGCUGACCUUGACGAGUUAUAAAAAUU